AUGUCUGAAAGUGAUGAACCAAGUCUCACAUAUGAUAUCGAUUGGCCAAUGCUUGAUAAAAGUCGAUAUAUACCUUUAAGUGUUCUAUCAACAUUUACUGUUCGUUCACUUUUAUAUCCAUUUACACUUGUACGUACUCGUUUACAAGUACAAGUAAAAUCAUCGAUUUAUAAAGGUACAUGGCAUGCAUUAACAACAACUGCACGUUAUGAAGGUUUUCGUUCAUUAUAUAAAGGUUUUCUUGUUUAUAAUGGUCAACUAAUACCUGGUGUAAUUUAUAUAACAACAUUUGAAAAUAUUCGUUCACAUGCAAAUAUAUUGACUAAAAAUGACUAUUUACGUGCUGCUAUUGGUGGGUCAGUAGCCUCAAUGGUUGCACAAAUACUUGCUUGUCCAAUUGAUAUUAUAUCUCAACAUAUGCAAUUAGUUGGAUUAAGGAUACCAAAUAAAAAAACUGGUACAUCGUCAUCUGUAUCAGAUGAAAAAAUCAAACAUCGACAAAUUCGUCGUAUACAUGUACCUAAAGAAAUUCGUAAUAGUAAUUAUCUAAUAUUUAAACAUAUAUGUAAAACAUUACUCUACGAAAAUAAGUCUGAUAAUAAUAGUCGUUUUAGUUUAAGAGGCUUUUAUCGUGGUUAUUUUAUUUCAACAUUUUUAUUCAGUUUAACCAGUGCUAUUUGGUGGCCAUCAUAUUAUUUUUAUCAAAGAAAAUUACUCGAAAUUCAAGCUAUGUUUUUUAACUCCUUCUCAUUACCAUUACUUCUCAUUCAAUGUAUGGCUGGCCCAUUAUCUUCUCUUACAUCAAGUUUACUUACAAAUCCAUUGGAUGUAUGUCGUACUCGAAUACAAAUCGAACGAGAACGUCGAAAAGUAUUGCAAAUAAUGAAUGAAUUAUGGCAAGAAGAACGUUUUCGUGUAUUUACCAAAGGUUUAACAGCUCGUCUUUCACAUUCAUGUGUCUAUUCAUUUUUUAUUAUAUUUGGUUAUGAAACAGUCAAACGUAUUUCAUUAAAAGAAGAAUAUCAAGGUCAAGUAAGAUGAUGUUCACAAGUCACAUUAUUAAAUAAAUCAGAAUUAUACUCUUGUGAUGAUUUCAUGCAUACAGUAUCAGUUAAUAAUAAUUUUGUCUAUUCAACUGGAUUAAGGCUACGUGAUAUGAUUGACAUUGAACAAAGACACGAUCAUUAUACUCUUCGUUAA